GCUUGUUGUAGCUGCCAUACAUCAAUUUGUUUUCUUCGAAGUUUUUUUCCAACCUCGUUUCAGAAAAUCAUUGCAGAAAUUCUACCCGUAAAAUUGAGCUCUCUUAUUUGAUUUUAACCAGAAAAAUCAAUAUUUCGAUUGCCACGUUUCUCUAUUGAAUCACAAGUUAUUUUGUGUGAAUUCAACAUGGAUCAUCACAUGCCACCCGGCUACGGCCAGGAAAAUUACAUGUAUGGAGAUCCUUCUAUGUCCUACCAAGGUAAUCCAGUCGGUAUGUAUGGGUCGGGGGCAAGGCCUAUGUCACCACCUCCUGGAGAUGAAGAUAUUUCUGCCCACGAACAUUUACCAACAGCACUUGAAGAAGUUCUUGCGUACAAGGAAUUGCGAGUGAGAGAAACAGGACACUCUGGAGAAGUUGAUAACAUUAUCACUGAAGUACCUGCUGAAACUGUUGUAGAGGUUGAUCAAAAUCUAGAUGAAAAGAAAGAUGACUUGGGUGGUGAAGAAAAUGUUGAGGAAAAAACCAAAACUCAGAGAAAUCAAAAAAAGAAGAAGAAGAAGAAGCGCACCAAGAGACAUCAACAGAAAGAAGAAGAAGAAAAUGAACAGAAUGACGAUGCCGACGAAUAUCCGCAAGUCGACAUUGAGUACGUCCAGGAAGAGAUCGUGUACGACGACAAAAAUCCAUUCUAUCGGCAAUUUGCUAAGAUAUUUGACGCUUUCAAAAUUAUUGAUGAAAAGACUGCAAAGAAAGCUGAAGAAGAAGAAGCCAAGAAAAGAGAACUACAGCGGAAUUUGGAACUUAAGAAAGUCCCCAAGUUUGCUGAAGAAGAAGACUUGGAGGAGAAGAAGGAAAACGCUGACGACGACAAACCAAAAGUUUCGAAAAGAAAACUCAAACAACUUACUCGGCUUAGUGUGGCCGAUUUGAAACAGUGUGUUGCAAGACCCGACGUAGUAGAAAUGCACGACGUCACCGCUAGAGAUCCUAAGCUGCUUGUCCUUUUAAAAGCCACAAGGAACUCUGUUCCAGUUCCCAGACAUUGGUGUGCAAAACGCAAAUAUUUACAGGGUAAACGUGGUAUAGAGAAGCCCCCGUUCAAUUUACCCGAUUUUAUCAAGAAAACUGGCAUCAUGGAAAUGCGAGCGGCCUUACAGGAAAAGGAAGAGUCAAAAACGCUUAAAGCCAAAAUGCGAGAGCGAGUUCGUCCAAAGAUGGGGCGUGUUGAUAUUGACUAUCAAAAACUGCACGACGCUUUCUUCAAAUGGCAAACCAAACCUAAAAUGACGAUUAUGGGCGAUUUGUACUAUGAAGGGAAGGAGUUUGAGACCCGAAUGAAGGACAAAAAACCAGGAGAGUUGUCUGAUGACCUGAGAACCGCUCUUGGCAUGCCUGUUGGUCCGAGUUCAAAUAAAAUUCCUCCUCCUUGGUUGAUCGCAAUGCAGCGAUAUGGGCCACCUCCAUCUUACCCGAAUUUGAAGAUUCCGGGACUGAACGCCCCUAUUCCUGAUGGCUCUUCCUUUGGUUAUCAUGCUGGAGGCUGGGGAAAACCUCCAGUGGACGAAUUUGGGCGACCACUUUACGGUGACGUUUUUGGAUUGACUGGAAAUGCAGGAGACACGAUCCUACUCGACGAAGAAGUCGACCACACGCUAUGGGGUGAACUGGAAUCGGAAGAAGAGGAAGAGGAAGUCGAAGAAAGCGAGGAAGAAGAAGGCGAAGAACAGGAAGGUGCCAUUGAUCAGUCGGGCUUAGUUACUCCUGCAGAAGGACUUGCAACUCCUUCUGGAUUCUCAUCUGUUCCUGCCGGUCUUGAGACACCAGACAUGAUUGAGCUAAGAAAGAAGAAGAUUGAAGCAGAAAUGGAAAGUAACGAAACGCCUCAGUUAUAUACCGUACUACCAGAAAAGCGGACAGAUAGAAUCGGUCAAGCGAUGAUGGGAUCCACCCACGUGUAUGAUAUUGCGGCUGCCACCAAUACGCAAAAGAGUAGUGGCGGAGUGGAACUUAGUUUGGAUCCGUCAGAACUGGAAGGCUUGGACUCUGAAUCUAUGGCCGCACGCUAUGAGCAAACACUGCGCGAGCAACAAGGAAACUUGGCUAAAGAAGAUUUCAGCGACAUGGUUGCUGAACAUGCUGCAAAACAGAAGAGCAAAAGGAAGAGACAGCAACAGCAAACCGACACAAAACAAGCCAAAAAGUACAAGGAGUUCAAAUUUUAAUAUCGAAAAACAAAUUCCUCUGGGAUCAUAAAAUAUCUCGUAAUACACGAUUUGCAAAAAAAAGGUAUAGACCAGCCAGUCG